AUGUUUGAGGCCAUUCAGAACGCUUUUGGAUCUGUGUUUCGACCUCAUCGCGGGUCCAUCAGAGACUUUGAUCCCGACUCCACAUACUCUGCCCUCGAAGAGCACCAGCAGAACUCCGGACCUGAUACUCAGUCCGAGACCGAGACCGAUGCUGAGGCCGACACUGAUGCCGAGCCCGAGACUGAGACUGGUGCUGAGCCCGAUUCCAACUCUGUUGCUGAGUCUGUUGACUCCGAUUCCCCUGCCGGUUCUACUAAUUCGGACCCGGUGACGGUCAUUUUUUACCCCAACGGAGGGAACACUGAUCAAAGCCCUGCCAAACCCAGCCGUUCUGCCGGAUCUACCAAUCCCGACCCUGUGAAGGUCAUCCAUGACCCUACGGAAGUGAACAGCACCUCUUCUUCAUCAUCCAAGUAUGACCAGGACCAGACCCGCAGUGCCACUCCGGACAAGUUCAAGGACAACGGUAACAAGUUGGACGAGGAUACCCUCAACUCUCCCACUGUCUCUCAGUUGGGCAGCUCUCCCGCUGUCUCUGAGAAGGCCACCUCCCCUACAAUCAUCCCCUCCCCAUCUGAUAAGGAGACUCCGAAGGCUGGUAAGCCGCAGGAGACCACUUAUAACAGAUGGGAAAACACAGAGCCUGUUGAUAACACGUGGAACAACGCUGGUACCACAACGGGCGUCAGGAGGUUUAUAUUCAACUUUACUAGUGACUCUACCGGAUCCACCUCCACCGAGCCUCUCACAUCCUCCUCCGAGGACAAAUCUCAGGAUAGUUGGUCCGGAGGUGACGACGGAGCCAUCCCCGCUGAAAGCCACUUGCCUGAAACCAAAAAGCCCGAACUGGUUGACACCUUCAACUACCACUGGCGACCAACCCGAGAGCAGCAGCUCGCCCGGGCCAAGCUCGUCGAAAACACCCCCGCAGACCAGCUCUACUACUCCCACCCCAACCCUCUCUCGCUCCGCUACCCCGACUACCUCCAAUACUCCGACGACCACACCCUCACCGACCGGGAAAAGGCCCUCAAGCGCGACGUCCGCGCCCUCGAGAUCUACCACGACCUCGAGGAGGGCGAGUCCCUCCCGGACUGGAUGAUCAAGGUCAUCGAGUCGAUCUAUGACUGGCCCUCCACAAAUAAACUCCGCAACCCCUUCAAGGAGGAACCCGCCACCCCCACCGGCAAGUCAGGCACAGUCAACUCGGACAGCACCGGCACCGUCAGGUCGGGCCAGUACUCCGCCUCGGCGUGGGAACAGCCCGGUGAGUACGUGUGGAAGGUCCCCACCGACGUCGACUGGGACAAAAUCUCCCCCAGCGCCCUCGCUCCAUAUCUCUUCCAGCAAACGGUACGCAGGCCCCUCAAGGUAUUCAACCCCGACCCCCCUGUGACCCCAAAGCAGACACCUCCCACCACUCCCACGAAAGCCACCCCCAAGAGCAACAAGAGCACCCCUGAUUUUGUCUCUCCCUCCAAAAUUAUUAGGCCUUUCCCAACAACAGUUACUGCUGCUACUACCACUGUUACUGCCAAGAAGGAAUCUGAUGACAACAAGGGGAGCGGGUUCUCCUGGCAAGAUCUCAUCCUUCUCCUCCUCCUCCUCGGCUCCCUCGUGUACGCCUACCAGUGGAACCUCAUCAUGGUUGGCGGGUAUGGCGGGUACAUCAACGGUGGCUGCUUUGGGAACAUGCCCUACCUCACCUUUGUCAGCUGGUUUCACUUUAUGUGCGCUACCUUCCCCUCUAUCUACUUUGGGGCUCGACUGGCCGGCUUCAGGUUUGACUAA